AUGUUCAACAACUCUGUGGAUGACCAGUACCUUGGCUGCAACCCCAAUAGAGAACUCCAGCUCAGGAACUCAGGAAACAUUCCCCUGCUGGAAAAAUAUAAUAAAACCUGGGAAACCGCCAAACAGCACUGGGCCAAACUUGGCCAAACUGUCAGCAGCUUCGAUCCAAUUUUUGGUACUGCGAUUGUGGCCUACACAGUCGGAGAUAGCCUGUACCGUGAUUUCAAUACUGCUGCAAGAGAAGCUGGGAAAUCCCAAGACUCUUACAACCAAUAUGCCUUCAGGGACUUCCACCUCCUCCUAACCAAAGCUCUUCAGGCCAAGAAGAUGUCCAGCUGCUAUGAGGUCUUCCGUGGGAUAAAAGGGAUCUGUUUCAACACCUCCGACAAGGCGGUAGUCCGCUUCGGACAGUUUGCUUCCUCCUCGAAGAACGAAACGGCGGCCAAAGAAUUUGGUGAGGACACCUUCUUCUCUAUCAAAACCUGUUACGGAGUGCCCAUUGAUGACUUCUCAUACAAGAGGGAGGAAAAGGAAGUUCUCAUCCCACCCUAUGAGAAGUUCAUUGUGACCAACUACACGAAGACCCAAAAGGGCAUCUUCAUCAGGCUGGAGUCCCUGAAUGUUUUCAGCCGCUUCAACUGUGAAGCUCUGAAUGGCAUCACCACCAAGAUGCUAACCAUCAUCGUGGCAGUUGUUGCAGCGUUAUGUGUGAUCACAUUGGUCGUAGGAGUUGUGCUUGUACAAACCAAGAAACGUCGGCAGCAGCGGAGUCCGCCUCUUUAA